UAACCAUUGUUGCAAGUUAAAUGAAGUGGAGCAGAAAAUAAUAGCGCUUUUUGUAUAUAGUCAUUAAACAUAAUGGCGUCUUUAAAAGCAUCAAUUGCAAUUAUGAAUUUUAUAAGACGUAGAAAUAGAGAAGGACUAAGAAAAUUUCUUAGCCCAUCGGCAAAAUAGUACGCUUAUCUUUGCUCUAUGUUUAGCGAACGAAUUUAAAUCUUCUACGAUUUAUAUUUUGGCCUUAAUUAGAUUUGUAAGGUGGGUUAACGGCAAUAUAGAACGUUAAGUAUUGACCCUGAUAUUUUACGCAUACAUUAUCAGCGGGUCGUGGCCGAUCCAAACAAAUACAAAUUUAGUUUCACCGUAAUCACCUGAUAGACACUCGGACAGAGUGAUCAUAAAAAUACGGGAGUUAUAACGUUGGCAAAACCGAUUGACAGGGAAGACUUAUGUGAAAGUGCGGAGCAAUGCAUCAUUGAAGUUCAGGCCGUUAUGCUUCCAAACCGUUUCUUCACUAUGCUCAAUAUGGACAUUAUUAUUGAAGACGUCAAUGAUAAUCCUCCGAUUUUUAAUAAGAAAUUUGAAACAAGUGUACGAGAAGAUGACGUCAUAGUUGGUGAUAUCAUCAACCUUGAUCAAUUUAAAGCCACAGACCCUGACAUUGGUUCGAACGGACAGAUUUCAUACAAAUUACAAGAAAAUUCAUACUUUGCUGUAGAAACAUAUGAAGACAAUCUUGGCAUCUCACAUCUACAAUUCAAAGUCUUAAAAGUACCAGAUCACGAAGAAAUUCAGAAAAUAGAACUAAAACUCACAGCCAGAGACGGAGGCAGUGAUCCUCUUUCUAAUCAUGUGACAGCUGUUAUCAACAUAGAAGAUGCAAAUGAUCAGGAUCCGGUAUUCGACCAACAGGAAUACAGUGCUCAUUUACGAGAAAAUGAUGGAGAAUCAUUGUUAGUAACAACCGUUCAUGCCGAAGACGCUGAUUCUGGCGACUACGGGUCUGUCAGAUAUUUCAUACCUAAGACGUCGUCUGCUGGCAAGUCUGCUACUCUUGCAUCCAAAUUGCUUUCUGUGAACAAAUUAAAUGGAGAAGUUAGAUUGAAAAGAAAGGUUGAUCGCGAGAUUCAUGAUGGACUUCGAGUACUGAUCGAAGCGCGCGACAGUGAUCCUGAAAAACCAAGAGUUGGAAAAACAUGGCUCAUAAUAAACGUCGAGGAUGUAAACGACAAUGCUCCUAUCAUUAAAGUUAAUUUUAUCGUGGAUUCUGUCAACUUUACAGGCUACAUUCCCGAAUCUGACAGCGUACAAACUUACGUAGCGUACGUCAGCGCAACUGACGUCGACAAUGGACUGAACGGCCAGGUUACUUCGACUAUCCAGACAUACGGAAAACAUAAAUCAAUGAAAGAUCUUGUAGAGUUACAUGAUGAGUUCAAUCUUGCAACCGACGGACUUCUCACGACUGGCCGACAAUUAGAUAGAGAGACAUUUCAAUAUUAUAUAAUCAAGUUGAAGUCAUGCGACGGAGGCACUCCAGCAAAGUGUGCUGUCAAAAACAUCACUAUCGUCGUGCUAGACAUAAACGACAACUCUCCGAUUUUUGACUCUCCUGCAAAAGCUGUCAUGAUUGCAGAAGACAAUAAAAUUGGGUCCUUUGUUAUCAACGUACAAGCUUUGGAUCAGGACGCUGCAUAUCCUCCGUCUUUAUGGAAAAAUAAGGAAGGUGAAAUCGAGCCAUCCAGAAACGGAAUUAUUCGAUACGAAAUCAUCCAUGGUAACACUGAUUAUUUUGGAAUCAAUGAAGUAUCUGGAGACAUCAGAUUGAAAAAACCACUUGAUCAUGAAAAGCAAAAAGAAUGGAGGUUGAUGGUAGAAGCGCGAGAUGAAGGCUGGGAAUCGUCAUCGAGAGCGAAUUGUUCAAUUGUGAUAAGAGUUGCAGAUGUCAAUGAUAAUCGACCAGUGUUUAUCAAUCCUGAUGGUGACAAUGCAGAAGUUUAUUCGACUAUUUUAUAUGAUCAACUUAUAAUGAAAGUAGAGGCAAUAGAUUCGGAUUAUGGGUCCAACUCCAAAAUCAAUUACAAAAUAAUAAAAGAAGACGAAAAAGUCAUCAAGCCGAAUGCUACUGAUCCUACCAUAUUCAUUAUGAACCCGAUAAAUGGUGAAUUGAGAUUGAACUUCAGCAACGAAAAUUUGACAGAUAUCUUAGGAUGGCAUACUGUGGAUAUUGAGGCAAGCGAUUCCGGCACACCACCUCUCUCUGCAAAUAUAUUAAUUCAUGUGAAAGUUACUGACGAAAAUCUACCCGAUCCCUCUGUUCGAUACGCAGGAUUUGACAAGAAAUAUAUUCUACUAGCUGUCGUUCUUGGAGCAGCAUCUUGUGUUCUUAUUAUUGUCAUUGUUUGUAUAUUCUUAUGCAGAAAACGAAAGGCAAAAAAGGACCACACAUACAACAUCAAAACUGCUGAGAGUAAAAAAAGAGCGUGGAUUACAGCGCCUGUUAAUUUAAACAAUACUCCAAGGCCAGAGCAUUCCAGUUAUUUCAAACCGAGAAGUCUAAAUAACCCAUCUUCCACCUCGUCUCCAAAUAGACUUGAUGACGUAACAGGCAGAGAUGACGUCAUUGUAUCCCAAUCGUCAAUUCUUCAAGCGCAAAGUCAACUCAAGACUUUUAAAGCAGAUUCAAAGUCUGCACCGACUACCGUAAUAUUUUCGUCCGUACGAGCUGCCGAUAGAGACAGUGGACGUGGUGAUAGUGAUUCUGAAACUGGGAAUCUUGGAAUAACGGACGAACAAGCAACUCAAGAACAGAUCUUCCCUGUUACGCAACGACAAAAUAGUCAACAAGACAAUGAAAGUACACGAACAAGUGAAUUGGGUCCGCAAUGUGAUGAAAACUGUAGAAAAUAUGGACAUAGCGACAACUGCUGGAUGCCAUCACCAACAUCAGAUUCCUACUACCCUUCGAAAUUACGUUUUGUAAUGACCGCAUCAACCCCACAACUCGAUCACCCUUCAUAUUUUGACAACGACGGAAUCGAUCGACGAAAAACUGAAUACCCAACUUUGCAACACUUUCCUAAAAGUACUGGAUAUUAUCAAGAUCAACCCGAUUAUUACAGGACAAUGUCACCUUCUUUCAGACAGACGCCAGAACAAUACUACCAGCACGGUUAUGAAAGCGAAUUACAGCCUAUUGAAGAAAUGACGCCUUUGAAUCCACCGGUAGCCUAUCCUAACCACGUAAACUAUGAUCCAGAUGAUGUUAGCGCGCAGACUCAUCUCACGCUAUCAACGUCACCCAGGCACCAAGAUGAAGCCACAGACAAUUUUGCUCGCGCGUCUUCACGUUCUAGUUUAGCAUCCUCAAGAGAUUAUUCCCACCAUCAGCAUUUUGCGCCACAAAACCAACCGAGAUGGGACUCCAGGCAUUACAAUCCUCCGCGCGUACAACGAACCCCAAUUCACAGCAGUCAACCAGACUUUCAAAACCAAAAUUUCCGCCCCGCAACGUCACCUAUUCCGCGAAUGACGUACCCAAGAUUGUCGUCAAGUUCUUCAGAAAAUUCAUCUAAACUAAGUAUCUCGACCUCACUGAAGGUUCCAUCUGCGCACAGAAUACAAACGAGUUACCCCACGUCCUAUAGUUAUUACCCCAUUCAGGAUGUUAAUCAGGGGGGCACUGUGUCUAUCCAAGAAGCACAAGACAUUGUCAGCGAUAUUGAUAAUUUACUUUUAAAUCAAUAAUUGUAUUUAUUUCAUAAUUGAAAAGUAUAUUUACAGUAAAUGUUUUCAAAGCAAUUGUUAAGUUCAACAUAAAGCCUCUUUACACAAAUCCAUACCCGUCAUUAUAAAACCGUCUGACUGUUGCGACACUAAUAUAUAUUUAUUUACCUUGACGACGACUGUUUGCAUCGAAAUACUGAAAUAUUAACUCGUUUGGUUAUUAUAUAGUAUUCUGAAACAUAUAAAGUCGCUGGGUAUCUAAUUUUUCUUUUUGACGUUUCAUUGCCGAACUCCAAAGUUUAAACAAAUCCAUGUAUUUUCAGUACAGUCUUAACAUUUAUUGUGCAUUGCCAUUCAGUUGUUUUCAUGAUAAUACGAUUUUAUUUUUUAUUUUUAAGAAAUUGCCAUACUUUUUGUUAUUUUUGCAUCGUCUUGAUUUUUUUGCUGGACUUUGUUACAAUUUCAAUUUAUUACAAUAUAAAUACAUUCCAUUCAAUGAUAUAUAUUCAAAACAGGGCCACCAGUUAUUUGUGCACUUCUGAAAAAGCCUAUUCGCUCGAUUAAGCCUUGGCUGAUACUAAUAAUAUUUAAGGGUAUAAUUAUCGGGUAAGCCGAUAAGACGCCUUAAUCAUAUGAAGAACCACGGUCUUUCGUCCGGAUAGAGGUCUAUGUUGGGUGUGGACUAGAUGAGCCACCUGCGACGGCGAGGAGUCAAGCAAUCCUCUCGCACAUGAUUAUCCCAGCAAGGGUCCGCCGAAUCGAGGUACCGUGGCAAGCGCAUUUUCAACGAUAAGCGCGAUGCACCACAUCGUCAAGCGGCCAGUGUUCUUCAACCUUUUUUACCGUGGUAUACCUUUUAAAAUUUUUCAAGAACUUUGUAUACCAUACAAAUAUCAAUGUUUAUUCAAGACUCAAAUAAACAUUAAU